AUGCAACUAUUCAACGCCAGCGCAGUCUUGAACGUGUCUCGACUCGCGUACAAUCCAGCACUUUGUUUGCCUCAUUUGGCCGUAGAAAGUUUCGAUAAACUACCGAUCCCGGUCGCCAUUCCUGGCCAGAACAUCCGUAUCAAGGGCAUUGUUCUCGACAAAGAUAACUGUUUUGCCAAAGACCACGACGAUAAGGUCUGGCCUGCGUACGAAAAGACAUGGAAGAAACUUCAGGAAGUGUAUCCUGCAGAGCACAUCCUUAUCGUGUCUAAUUCUGCUGGCACUAAUGACGAUGUUGGAUAUGCACAAGCCGAGAAGCUCGAGAAAGACACCGGGGUGACUGUUCUUCGUCAUUCUACAAAGAAACCAGGCUGUCAUGCAGAGAUUUUGGCCUAUUUUGCGGAACGAGGUAUCACCCGUGCAGACGAAAUCGCUGUCGUGGGAGACCGCUUGUUGACCGAUAUUCUCAUGGCUAAUAUGAUGGGGUCCUGGGGAAUUUGGCUAAGCCAGGGUGUAGAACAGAGCGAGAAAUUGUUUCCUCGUGUCGAGAGAUACGUCUAUGAUAAGAUGGUGGCAUCUAGGCAAGAUCCGUUUUUGCCGCCAAACCCUGAAUCUUAA